AUGGGCCGACAACACCGCGGCAACCUCGCCUCCCGCCUCCUCUCCUGCGUCACAGACGCCCUCCGCCCCCAGCGCGCGCAGCGCCGUCCCCGGCGCUCCUCUCGCCGGCACCACCACCACGGGCGCUCGUCCCCGCACACCUACCACCGGACGUCGUCCUCCGGCUCCUCCUCAACAGAGUACUCGCACUCGGAGCGGCGGCGGCGGCGGGCGAUCCGGCAGAGCCGGUUCGCGGGCCCCGACGCGAUGCAGCUGCGGCGGCUGGCCUCCAGCCUGUGGGCGCGGGGCGCGCGCCUGUCGGACGCCGACCUCUUCCAGCUCGCCGUGCUCGAGCGCGUGUACUUCGACCGGCCCGAGCGGCGCGGCGGCCCCCGGCAGCGGCUGCGCGGGGGCUUGGCCGCGCGCCUGGCCAGGAUGCACGACGUCUGGUGGUUUCUGGGCACCGAUGGGCUCUUUUGGAAGUCCGCCGACCGGUGGGGGCAGGGGCGCGACCUGGUGCACGUGGUAGAUGUGCUCGUGCCUAUCGGUAUACGCAUAAAAGCGCAGCCGUAUCGGCAGUUGAACCUGAGGUAG